UAAGAAAGAACACAACACGACGCAGCUGCCCCCACACAAUAGGAAAUAAAUCUGUGAUUAUCGCUAAAGACUAAAGGAGUUGCAAAAAACAGAGAAAGGGACCGGAGGGGGUAAGCAGUUCCAGCAGUGGUAGCUAGCUCCCCAGUUAUGGGAAGAAAUCCUUGUUGUUCCAAGGAAGGAGUGAAGAGAGGACCAUGGACUGCUCUUGAAGACAAAAUGCUUGCAGAUUACAUCCAAGCACACGGUGAAGGACAAUGGAGCAAUGUUCCAAAACAAGCAGGGCUGAAGAGAUGUGGGAAGAGUUGUAGGCUUCGGUGGCUGAAUUAUCUGAGACCAAGCAUCAAGGGAGGCGACAUUACAAAAGAUGAAGAAGACCUCAUCAUCAGACUCCACAAACUCUUAGGCAACAGAUGGUCUCUAAUAGCAGGGAGAAUUCCAGGGCGAACAAAAGAUGAAAUCGAGAAUUACUGGCACAGUAAUUUAUGUAAGAAACAUAUAUUAUCAUGUAGACCCUCCACCUCCACUGAGAUCGCAGACACAGUACAACAGUCAAAAGUUGAAGUGCACUUAGAAAAUGACCCCAGUUGCAAUAAUAAUUUUGCAUUGGGGUCCUCAAUGCUUUGUAAUUUAACUGACAUCAUGGCAGAAGAGUCUGAAACAAGUAGUGGGUCAUUACUAUCAGCAUCAAAGUCGAGGGAAGAAGAUCGUUCCAGCUGCUGGGAAAAUAUUUUGAUGGAAGACUUCCACACGAGGGAGAUGAGCCUCUCUGAGUUUCUGGAUACUGACUUUACAAAGCUGAGCAAUGUGUUUGGGUUUAGGAUGUGUGAUGUCAUGAGUAAUGAGGUGUUACUUGAAGGAGAAUCUGGCUAUGGAUUCUGACGAUGGAUCUUAGAUGCAUGGCUGCUUAAUUUCACUGACUUAGAGGAAUAAUGGAUGAUUAUGUACUAAAUAACAAAUAUGUAUUUGCCUAAUGGCAUUGUCGAAAUCCUGUGUAAUAUAUUGCACUGAAUAAAUUAGUACCCUAGGGUUUUGUUUCA